GUCAAAUUAGCGCACACUACAUUUUAGCUCGCGACAAUUCAGCGCAAUUUAAAAAUAUCUAAUUGAAAGGAUUUCCGUGUUAUCGACAGCAGAAGUUAUUAUCUAUUGGUGUCAGAUAAUCGAAAUAAUCUGAUAUAGGUAGGUAACUAGUAUAAAAUAAUUGUGCGGUCAGUAUACGUCUUUCAACAUUCAACAACAAAAUGUCUGUACUACAAUAUAUAGCAAGUCAAAGAGGAAAACAAUUAUUAGUAUACAAAAAUUAUAUUCAUAGACAGGACAGGCGAGAUGAAAAUAAAAUAAUUUGGAGGUGCAAUGAAAAUCAAAAGUGCCCAGGACGGGUACAUGUAUCAGAAAAUGAUAUUAUAUUAAAAUAUGUAGACCAUAGUCAUUUAUCAGACGUUGCUAAAAUUCAAGCAAAGAAAACAGUCGAAGAAAUGAAAACUCUUGCUAGAGAAAACAGUUUAACAACUCGUGCCAUUCUUGGAGAAGGCUCUUCACAGGUACAAUAAAAAAAAUAUUAUAAAAAGGGCUCGGAUGUUUGUGCACUUAAAACUGUGCAUGCAUUUAUACACUAAAAAAUUAUGAAAUAUGCAAUCAAAAUAUAUGCUAAA